CCCGCACCCGCCGCUGAUAUCAAUUUUGUAUUUUGCGUAAAUUGUUAUCUUUAGUCAUAUGGAGUGCAUGUUCGUUUAAAAUCAAAAUGGCGUCACAGGUACACAAGUUAGUCAAACUUAAUGUUGGCGGAACACGUAUGACAACAACAGCCGAAACAUUAAUGAAGGAUCCCGGAAGUAAACUUGCCAACAUGCUAACGAAACACGAUGUUUUUCAUAAGGAUUCUGAUGGAAGCUUCUUCAUUGAUUGUGAAGCUGAAAUAUUUAAAGUCAUCUUGAAUUUUCUCCGAUUUGGCACCUUGCCAAAGGUAGAAAAGGUAUUACAAUUGUAUGAUGUUGCAAAACACCUUAAUGUACAAUCAUUGAUAGAUAAAUUGAAGUCAUACCAUGCAGUGAAGUAUGAAAACCAAAUGGCUUCCUUGCAUCAGCGAUUUUCAAACUUUGAAGGAGAACUAGGGAAAGUGAUCAAGAGAAUAGAAGAGAUAAAUGCUGCACCAAAUGAAGCUAAAGCCAUUCAUUUCUUUAGAAGUCGUUGCGAAUAUUGUUUUUCUCAGAAAUAUGAACUAAAGGCAUGCGGUACCAGUAUUUAUGCUAACAUUUUCAUGAACAAUAUGAGUGUUGAUGAUGAAUUUGUGGCGUUACUAGCUUAUAACCUAUGUAAACUUGGUUAUGCAAAACAAAUAGCUAAGAGGCGGUACAACGAACCUUGCAAAGGAAACCCUCAUGGAUAUUGGCACGACGGCCUUCAGCUGAUCUUACUUACAAACUAACUUAGUUUGAACAACGUAUUGUUUUGCAUUUCAGUUGAAAUGGAACUAAAAUUUGUCAACGGCUGAACUGUAAUCAACUGUAAAAAAACCCAUUUCGUUCUCUACCCUUUUCUUAUAUAUUCAUAAUCAUAAUCACAUUGAGUAUUUAUGUACAAUGAAAAAUAAAUAUAGUUUCAAAUAAAC